AUUUUUUUGUUUAGUCUAAUCUACUGUAUAUUAUCUUUUUAAUCACAAAGGGCAUAAUUAUAGAAAACCUAACAAUAUUAUAAACGACAAAUAAGUCAUUGACUAGUAUUGAUCAUUCAUUCACAAGUAUAUUUUCGUUGGUCGUAUCGUUUGAGAUUCUUUGAUUUUUAUACUACUGUACUAUUUACGUUGAUACAAAUUCAGUGCAGCUGUCAGCGUAAUAUGUAGACUCGACGUACUUAGUGUUUAAUAUAGCCAUGAUGUUGUUUAUUGUACUGCGACAUUGAUAUGAUUCAUUGAAAAUCCUACAUCGGGGAAAACCAGUGCGUGUUCUGUUAAUAAAGCAUGCGAAACUGAAUGAAUAUCGGUAUAUUUAAAUGUUUAUAAAACCAGGAGAAUAUCAAUUCCGGGUAGAUUAUUAAAGCUAAGCCACGAGUAGUGAUGGAAGAUUUGGAUAACAAACAGAUACUGACGUGUCCAGUUUGUUGUGAUACUUUCACAAAUACUUCACGACUUUUACAUAAUCUCGAUUGCAGCCAUUCUGUAUGCACAACUUGUUUGAAGAAAGCGAUUGAAGGCAGAAAUGCAACUUGUCCAUUGUGCAAGGUAGUAAAUGAGCUGAAACAGUGUGAUAAAACUUACAUUUCAAGUGGCUCUUCUGGCAAAUGUCCUAUAGAAACGUUCGGAAAGAGAUGCACACAAUGUGAUGAAAGUAAUGCAGCUAUUAAGUUUUGCGAAGAGUGUAAUGAAUUUAUAUGCAAUGAGUGCACAAUUGCCCACAAACGCACUAAGCUUACAAAAGGUCAUAGACUCACGGACAUUGCACGUGACGAGGCAGCAGCCGAAAUCAUAUUUGAGCAAGAGUAUUGCAGUGUUGAACAGCACAGUGAUUGCAUUCUUAAUUUAUAUUGUAUAAAAUGCCAUACAGUUAUUUGCGAAAAAUGUGCUCAUGAAAAGCAUUUGAACCAUCAAACAAAACCUUUGGCAGAAGUUGUUAAAGAAAAGAACAAGGAAUUGAAAUCAAUUGUACAAGAAAUAAAACAAAAUGAACAUUACAAAUCAACAGAGAUACUUGAAAAGAAAACUGCAAUGACGAAAGAAAUGGAAGAAAAAAUGAAACUCGGGCUAACAAUACAGUUUGAUAGUUAUAGGAAAGUCUUGGAGGACAGGUGUGACGCACUGAAAAGUCAGGUCGAGAAUAAAGCUAAAACAUAUAUUGAAAACACAAGUGAUUUAUUACGAAAUAUGCAAGAUAAAUUAAAGGAAGCAGAACUACUUUCAAAUGAGAAAAAUGCGAUGACCUUUAUCAGAUCAUGUCGCGAUACGAUAAAGGCACUUAAAAGAUGUGAAAGAAACAUUUCAAAAAUUCCAAAAGAGUUUGAGUUACGUUUCAGUCAAGUAUGCACGACAGACGAUUUCGAAAAACUUGUCAACGCCCUAGGAUCAAUCCAAGAUGCGAGUAAUCAAAGUAUUAACAUUCGGGAAGAAUAUGAUGAGUCAGGGUCCUUUGGUUUGAAGUCAGAGGCAUCGCCGGCGUUGCCUGGCGAUUCACAGGCAAAUACUCAACUGAUGGAUGUUCUCAAAUCUUUGUCAAUAUCGGAGCAAGGGGAAAGGCCAUUUCCUGAGCUUUCAUAUAGAUCUAGUAAGCUCAACUCAACCAAGGAACCACGGUCCAUUAAUAACGAAACCUUCACACUACAGAAUGUUCAUUCACCAAAAGUAGUAGAUAUUCCCAAACCUGUAUGUCUUUUAAAAAAGAAUAUACCAAUAGGCGAGAGAAAAUUACUAGGUUUAGACAGUGUUAAGGCAAUGGUGAAUUUGCGAUUUCAGACAUGGGGGUUAAAUGGUUAUUGGAGGAUUGAUGAUGACUCGAUUGAAAUGUUUAGUAAGUCACAAGAGGAAGCUGGUCAUUGUAUGCAACUGCUAAAGGAAACGCUUCUUGAAAAAACAAUUCCGCUCCGGAAAGAUUCUAAAUUUAUUGUUGAAUCUGAUAAAUGGCAGAUUAUGACAGGGAUGUUGAGGAAAAGACAUCAAGAACAGGUUCAAAUAGAUGUAAAUCAUGCUAAUUGUGAAGUGACUGUUUACUCAACAUCAAUGUUCAUCCUAAAAGACUCAUGCGACAUCAUACGGUUUUUCCUGCGAGAUAACCAAAUGAAAACGGUAAAACUACGCUAUGACGAGCCCGUACUCGCUUUUAUUAUGAAACACAAACGAAUAUUGAAAAGAAUUUGUCAAAGCCUUUCGCAAUAUUGCCUUGAUAUAUCAACCGUUGACGAAACAAAUAUCCGCAUGAGAGGCAUCGGUUUUGGUGUUGGACGGGCUAUUCAAAUGUUGAACAGCUUAGCAUCAAAGUAUGCUAAAUCAACUGAUGAGGAUCGGUUUGAUUCUGAUAGCGAUACGGAUGAAGACGAGGAAGAAAGAUUCGCAGAGGACGCUGAUGAGGCACAAGCAGUAGAGGCAUCUAAUGUAACUGUUCAGAUUAAUCUUGCUCUUGAAGAUGAUACGGAAGCAGCUGUCAGUGCGUUAUGUUUUCCCGGCGAUGAUAGGCUGUUAUAUGUAGUAGCAGGAAAUAUGAUUGAAUUACCUGUCGAGGCUCUGGUCAACGCCGCUGAUAAGACGUUAAAACACAAUGGUGGACUUGCAAAAGCUCUGGUUUUGAAAGGUGGACGCUCUAUUCAAGAAGAAUGCACAUUCCACGUUCAGAAUAAUGGAAAUGUUGAGAUAGCACAAGUGUUCUGCUCAGAUGCAGGAACACUGCGGAGUUCUGUUAUAAUGCACGCAGUUGGUCCAAAGUGGAUUGAUGGCAACCACGAGGAAAAGGAUAAACUGUUUGAAUGUGUAACAAAUUGUUUAAGAAGUGCUUCCAAACGCAAGAUUGCAUCGGUUGCAUUUCCAGCUAUAAGUGCUGGAACGUACAGAUUUCCGAUUAAGGAGGCAACCCUCACUAUCAUGAAAGCUGUCAAAGAUUUUCUACAACAGGAACCACGCUGUAGUAUUCGAGAAAUUUAUUUUUGCGACAGAGACAUGAACACAGCAAGUGAAUUUGUAGUGUCAAUGAAAGGUACCUUCCAUGGUGAUGAUAUUAUUCUAUUUGGGGGACAAUCCUUGCCGAAAUCUGCUGAAAGUGUUGAAACUGGAAGAAAUGAUAAACGCCAAAUUUUGUUUUUCUAACUGCAUUAAUUUCCUUGAAAUCUUUUAGGGGUAAAUUUAUGUUGGGUACUUUUUAAAGUGACAUUAUUACCAUUCAAGGGUAUAUAGUGGGUGAAGAGAUGCAAAUCAAAUUACGUCAAUGUUAGUUUGUACGUUGAAAAGUUUUGCCCUAAUUAAAUGUUCCUUGUACUAAGUUUUUUCUCUAGUGAAAAUGCGCUUAAAAAUGUAAAAAUAUUUAACCAAACAUGUGUAUAUAUAUACAUGCAAUGAUUGUUUUAUUUAGAAGUAAAAUGCAUGACAUGUUUUUAAAUUUUAUGAAAAAAAAAAUUCGUAAUUAAACAUGUUAUUGAAUAAUAUGAAAGAGGUGACCUUAAGCUGCAGUCUUGUUCUGUUAGUGUUUGUUAUUAAUAAUGCAUUUAUUUCUUAAAUAUUUAGGAAAAGUGUAUGAUUAACUGGCAAUUGUGUUAGAACUUUGUAACUACAUGGUUCAUUUCGCUUGUGUUUUACAAUAUCACCAUGUCUGUUUUCUACAAGAUAUAUCAUGGACUUAAAGAUGAAUCUGUUUAAUCAUAAAGUCUCUACAUUAAAGUAAAGUACAUGUGCA